UGUUUUAAUGAAUGCAUUUAUCUCUUACCUGUUAGUACCUGUCCACAGAAAACACCUUUAAUACAAGUAGCAAACUCACACCCUUCCCCCCUCAAACCCACAAGUGUAUUGAAGAAGGUUGUGCAUGGACUCAAUCAGGUCUGGUUGAGUCGAGUCGAGCCGAGCCAGGUGAAGUCAGAUUGGAUUGGUUCGACCAUAUUCGAAUCUUGCUUUCACUAGUAAAAUUGGUAAAAUGAGGGUGAUCAUCUGUAGUUUAUCGAUGAUCGGAAAUGUAAUAAACGAUGUUUUGAGUUUCGUUAUAUUCUCCAUUCUGGACGUACUCGAUUUAGUCCUAUGUUACGUUUACAAAAUCACCGACUUCCUAGUCGAAUCCGAAUGGAAGCCAUGUUACUGUUCCUCACCAAAAGAAGCCAUUACUAGUAGCGGUAAAAUCUUGGUGUCCGAAAAAGGCGAGUCGAAAAAGAUCGUUUGCCUUACGUCAACCAAGUUACAACUUGAAGAGAUCUCGGACACGCUCUACACGCGGCCCUCUUUAGUGUCCGAGGUGUCGAAAACCACCGUUAAAGAGCUCAAACGUCGAAAAAUCGAUAACCCAACCACGGUGGUCACCUCAAUAAACAAAUCCACCGUUAGAUCCACUUUCACGGUGAACAAUACCAUUGUGGAAAUGCUCCAAGAGAAAAUCGGUGCACACAAGUCACACCCGGUUCCUCGGUGGUCCGAUUGCGAUUGCGACACUUGUAACUCGUGGUCGAACAUGUGUAAAGAUAGUCUUUUCGUCCACACUGAUGGACCUAAAGAAAAAGUUGGGGACGAUGUUUUGUUUAUUCACGGGUUUAUAUCGUCAUCGGCAUUCUGGACGGAGACAGUGUUCCCAAACUUCACCGAAUCGACUAGAUCCAAAUAUCGGUUGUUUGCGGUGGAUCUGCUGGGGUUCGGACAAAGUCCGAAGCCCCACGACUCGCUCUACACGAUCAAAGAGCAUUUAGACAUGAUUGAGAAAUCGGUACUUGAAGCGCACAAGGUUAAAUCUUUUCACAUAGUGGCUCAUUCCCUUGGUUGCAUUCUAGCGCUAGCCCUUGCGGUGAAAUACCCGAACUCCGUCAAGUCGCUCACCCUGAUCGCACCGCCAUAUUUUCCGACACCGAAAGGGGAACACGCGACGCAGUAUAUGAUGAGGAAGGUGGCGCCGAGGCGGGUGUGGCCGUUGAUAGCGUUCGGAGCAUCGUUAGCUUGUUGGUAUGAACAUGUUAGCCGAACACUAUGUUUGCUUAUCUGCAAGAACCACCGAACAUGGGAAUUUCUCACCAAACUCAUCACCAGAAAUAGGAUCAAGACUUAUUUGAUAAAAGGCUUUUGUUGUCAUACACAUAACGCUGCAUGGCAUACCCUCCACAACAUCAUAUGUGGGACUGCUGGCAAGAUCGAAGGGUAUUUGGAUACGGUUCAAAACCAGUUAACGUGUAGCGUUAAUAUUUUUCAUGGUCAAUAUGACGAGCUCAUCCCAGUCGAAUGUAGCAGCCAUGUGAAGACGAAAGUCCCUCGGGCAAACAUUAAAGUUAUGGAAAAGAAAGAUCAUAUCACCAUCGUUGUCGGACGUCAAGAAGCUUUUGCUAGAGAACUUGAAGAGAUUUGGAAGACUACAAAUUUAAACCGGUAAAAAAAGGGUUGAAUCCAUCGAAAGUCAAGAAGAUGGAUAUAUACGUACUAGUAGUACUGUUAUUAUAUAUGUGUGUAUGAUUUGGCGAAGGUGUUGCUUAUUUAAUCUUUUGUUGCAUUACAUUUUGCGAAAUUCCAACUAUUCAUAUACAACCAAUUAACGUUUAAAUUCA